GGACCGGAAACGGAAGUGAGCGUCGGGCCCGGCGGACGGUCGGGCGGCCGAGGCAGCGCACGGACGGCUGCAAGAUGAACGCCAGAGGACUUGGAUCUCAGCUAAAAGACAGUAUUCCGGUUGCUGAACUGUCAGCAAGCGGCCCUUUUGAAAGUCAUGAUCUUCUUCGGAAAGGGUUUUCUUCUGUGAAAAAUGAACUUUUGCCCAGCCAUCCUCUUGAACUAUCAGAAAAAAAUUUCCAGCUUAACCAAGAUCAAAUGAAUUUUUCCACCCUGAGGAACAUCCAAGGCCUGUUUGCUCCACUGAAGUUGCAAAUGGAGUUUAAGGCAGUGCAGCAGGUUCAGCGUCUUCCAUUUCUGCCAAGUUCCAACCUUUCACUGGAUAUUUUGAGAGGCAAUGAUGAGACCAUUGGCUUUGAAGAUAUCCUUAAUGAUCCGUCACAAAGUGAACUAAUGGGCGAGCCACACUUGAUGGUGGAACACAAGCUUGGCUUACUGUAAUGUGCUGUGCUGUUCAUGGUGACAGGAUGCAUCUGUUGUAAUUUGAUGUAUAAAACGUUAUUAAAGUACUGACAAGAGAAUCA